AUGCAUUUCAUCUGGUCUUCCAUUGUUGCGCUCGGCGUCAUCGGCGGGGCGGCUAGUGUCUCGGCCAGCGAAGCGUCUUCGUCAGGCUACCAAUUCAAUGGCAUGGCAGGCGACGUUACGCGUCGCGCUUACCCGCAAGAGCAGAGGCAACAAGAGCUCGAAGCCCGCGAGAGGGUCGUAGGACUCUCGUCAAGGCGGAUCCAAGAAGUCAACGGUCAAAUCGUCGGUGAGGAGCAGGCACAACAGGCGCUCUGGCCCCGCGAAAGGGUCGUAGGUGUCUCGACAACGCAGAUCAAGACAGUCAAUGGUCAGGUCGUCAGUCAGAUGCACGCCGAGGCUAUCACACCCUCCACCCCUAGUUCUGCUGGCACUAGCUCAGGCGCCCAAAAGGCUGUCACACCGUCACAGUCAGCUUCUGGCGCUGCUACUGGCCCGUACCCUCCGGGUCUGAACAAGGUCCUCAAUAAGGUGGCGAGUGAUUCCCUAACCAAGCACAGCUGGGAGCAUGCCGUCUGCUACCACAAUGGUGCUGCUUCACGCUACAUCUUCCACAAAGGUGACCUUGUGCACAAUCAGAACAUGUCGCAUGCCAAGCUUCGCAAAGGCGGCAGCAGGAAGGGAAAGAGUGAUCUCAGCAUUCGUGCCGAUGCUGGCACCGCUGCUCCAGCUGCCGGCGAUGCAACGACGCCGACCACGCCUGCGACACCAAGCACGCCGACCACGCCUGCGACACCGAGCACGCCGACCACGCCUGCGACACCGAGCACGCCGACCACGCCUGUGACAUCGAACACGCCGACCACGCCUGCGACACCGAACACGCCGACGGGAGCAGCAGGUGGAUCCACAGGUGGCAAGGGCGGCAAGAAGGACAAGACGCAACGGCCUGUAUGCAUCACUUGGCGGCUCGACCGGGAGACUGCCAAGCUGAUGGCCGCCCAUUUUGACUCGGGCUCAACCGCCGGGGGCGCAAAGGACCCCGCAGCAACAACUAGCUCUGCGCCGGCUGCUAGCGCCGCACCCACAAGCUCAUAG